UAGUUCUUCAAGUUAAAGCAAAGAAACAUAGAUACUUGAAUACGGUUUUCACGCCAUCUGGUAGCGGUUAUUUUAGAUUCAUUGUUCUUCUUGUUGCUCUCACGCCAUUUCGGUAUAAAAAUCUGUUUGGGAGCGGCUGACGUUUAUACACUUUAUCGUUCUGAAUAAACAUAUUUUCAUAUAAUAUAGUGUGAUACCUGAAUUGGAAGAUCAAAGAUGGGAGAAGAUUUCAAUGGAGAUCGAGAGAGACAAGAUAGAGAGAAGGAUCGUGAUAGGGAUAGAGAUCGUGAUAGAAGACACAGAUCACGUAGUAGGGAUCGUAGGAAGAGAUCAAGAUCUCGUUCCAAGGAUCGUAGAGAUCGUAAAAGAAGCAGUUCUCCUAAAAAAAGUCGCAGUUCUAGAAGAAGGAAACCAUCUUUAUAUUGGGAUGUACCACCACCAGGAUUUGAGCAUAUUACACCUUUGCAGUAUAAAGCAAUGCAAGCUGCUGGCCAAAUACCUGCAAAUAUCGUAGCAGAUACACCUCAAGCUGCCGUCCCUGUUGUCGGUAGUACGAUCACUCGUCAAGCAAGAAGACUAUAUGUUGGUAAUAUUCCAUUUGGAGUCACAGAAGAAGAAAUGAUGGAAUUCUUCAAUCAACAGAUGCAUCUAUCAGGUCUUGCACAAGCUGCCGGAAAUCCAGUCCUUGCUUGUCAGAUCAAUCUAGAUAAAAACUUUGCUUUCUUGGAGUUUCGUUCAAUAGAUGAAACUACACAAGCCAUGGCCUUUGAUGGAAUCAAUUUUAAAGGACAAAGUUUAAAAAUAAGAAGACCACAUGAUUACCAACCAAUGCCUGGGAUGACAGAUAAUCCAAGCAUGAACGUGCCAGGUACGGUUCCUGAUUCUCCACACAAGAUUUUCAUUGGUGGUCUACCGAAUUAUUUGAAUGAAGAACAGGUAAAGGAGCUACUGAUGAGUUUUGGCCAACUGAGAGCUUUCAAUUUAGUAAAGGAUUCGGCGACAGGACUAUCAAAAGGUUAUGCUUUUUGCGAAUAUGUUGAUGUGUCCAUGACGGAUCAAGCAAUUGCUGGGUUAAAUGGUAUGCAGUUAGGAGACAAGAAAUUGAUUGUUCAACGAGCUAGUGUCGGUGCAAAGAAUCCUAUGAUAGGAGCACAAGCCCCCGUACAAAUUCAGGUGCCUGGUUUAUCCAUGGUAGGCACAAGUGGACCUGCUACGGAGGUACUUUGCUUAUUAAAUAUGGUUACACCAGAAGAACUAAUGGAAGAAGAGGAAUAUGAAGAUAUUUUAGAAGAUAUCAAAGAAGAAUGCAACAAAUACGGUGUAGUCCGAUCUGUAGAAAUACCAAGACCUAUCGAAGGUGUUGAUGUUCCAGGAUGCGGAAAAGUAUUCGUUGAAUUUAACAGCGUUAUCGAUUGUCAAAAAGCACAACAGACUUUGACAGGACGCAAAUUCAACAAUCGUGUAGUAGUUACGUCAUAUUUUGAUCCCGAUAAAUAUCAUCGUAGAGAAUUCUAAAAUGUAGAUUCUUCUUUCUUACCAAUUAAUGAUUGGCUGUAUUGUAUAAUACAUACAAGUGAAUAAUCUGAUAUGUCUUAAAAGUAAAUAUUUCGUGAGAACAAUAUUCUCUGUAAUUCCUUUUAAUUAGAAUAUAGAAAUCAUUCAACUAUUUUUGACUGCACAGUGCAUUAUAGUAAUAAUUUGCUAUAAUUUACGUUCAUUUCAUUAAAUGAAAUACUGUAAUUCUUUAUAAAAAAAAUGCAGUAUAAUUAAUAAUGCGUGGAAUAUUUUAUAGUUUAAAUAAUAUAAUCAAUUGAUAAUUUGGAAAUAAAAAGUAACUAAUAAUGAUAUUAAAUGGCAUUGUUUGCUGCAAUAUAAGAAGUUUAAGUAAUUAUGAUGGACAAAAGAAAUAAAACAUUGUCACUGUGUUUAUACAGA